AUGGCGGACGCAGUCGCAGGACCGUCCUCGUCACGGUUCGACUACACCGAGGGCGCCUCUGCCAUCGACAUUUCGGAUGCAGUCGCAAAGUCCCGACGCGCACGACGAGACUCGCAGUACAGCCAGGCGUACGAGGAGUCGGGCUCGAUGUUCGACGGACCUGGGCACUCUGUCAUCCCGUCCAGCGUCUCGCGCAUGGGUCAUCGCCGCUCGCUCUCACGCCGCCGCUCUGAGGACUCUCAGGCUACGAAUCACAGGCGACGGCAGAGCGUAGACUCGGCCGCAGAAUAUGCGUCUUCGGUCGCGGUCAGUGACGCAGAAGAGGAGGAUAUUGCGGCUGGGCGCUCGUCGAGGAGAGGAAGGCGCUCGCCGUCGCCCAUGGCAGCCUCUCCGACGCGGAGAGGAGUCUUGAGCGGCAUCACGCAUCUAUUUGGUGGAGAUAGUUCAAAGCGGCGGCCGUCUCUGUCCGCGCGUUCUUCUGCGUCAUCAAGACGCUGGGCAAGGCGCUCGAAUGCCGGUUCAGAAGCCGGCGACAGUGACGAGGAAGGCGACGACCGCUGGGGAUAUUCGUCCGGCGAAGAGGACGAUGCGUCCGAGGACGAGAACCUCGUACACUCUCCGCAGCCUAUGGGCUCCGAGUACGGCUCGAACCCGCCUUCACCGACGCGAUCAAUGAAUCUCCCGUUAAUGAAUGGCGAACAAUUCUUCGGCGACGAUACGCGAAUAGAGAUAGACUUGGGACCCUUGGACGAGCCCACCGACGGACCACCCUCGAGGCAGAUGCUCUAUCUUCACGACGAAGACAUGACCGUACGCUUUGUUGGAUACGAAACUGUGCAUACCUGGCAAUUCUUCUGGAGACUGGCCUGUGUAUUUUCCGCCGGUAUACUGGCGUUACUUGGACAUUGGUUUCCCAAGCUCUGGUUACGAUGGGUAACCCGUGAGCGCGCAUUUGGAGAUAUAAAACACGGGUUCAUCUUAGUUGAGACGCCCUAUAGGGAUAUCGCACUGUUCCCCAUCAAACGCAUUGAAUAUCCGUACCCUGCGUCGACGGUCUUCUCUGGGACCUUCUCCGAGAGCGGAGCUUCCAGCAAGACAAAUGGCACCACUGCGACUGUCGGAGACCGCGACCAAAUACUCGAUACUCUGAUUGUCGUGGACUACAGAUACGCCAGGUUCGCGCUCAACCCUACUACGGGCCACUUUCAACUCGUCAAGGACUGGCGAGACUCAGCAUGGACUACGACUCCUGCGGUGAAAGAUGGACUGUCAGAGCCCACACGCGAGCAACGCAAGACAGUCUUCAGUCAGAACCUGAUCGACAUCGAGGGCAAGUCCACGAUUACAUUGCUUGUAGAUGAGGUCAUCCACCCGUUCUACGUGUUCCAAAUCGCUAGCAUUGUGCUCUGGUCCUUGGACGACUAUUACUACUACGCAUUUUGUAUCUUCCUCAUUUCGGCCGUCAGUAUCGCAUCUACGCUCGUAGAGACCAAGAAGACCAUCGCUCGGAUGCGUGAGAUGUCCCGCUUCUCCUGCCCUGUAAGCGUCUUCGUAGACGGAUUAUGGCUUGAGCGCGACUCCACCGAUCUCGUACCCGGCGACGUUAUCCAUCUACUCGAGCCUCAACUCUCAAUCGUACCUGCAGACAUAUUCCUCCUCUCCGGCGAUGCAAUUGUGAACGAGAGCAUGCUCACGGGCGAGUCUGUACCAGUAUCUAAGAUCCCCGUCAGCGACGAGGUCCUAUCCGGAUGGAGGGAUAGUAGGGAUAUUGAGGGCGAAGCGGCGAAGAGUUUCUUAUAUGCAGGGACAAAAGUGGUCAGGAUCAGGAAGGGAGUUGGGAGUGAGAACGCGCCGGACCGACCAGCUAUCGGCAUUGUUGUUCGCACAGGAUUCAACACGACCAAAGGCGCCCUCGUGCGCUCGAUGCUCUUCCCCAAACCUAUGGGCUUUAAGUUCUACCGCGACUCCAUCCGGUUUAUCAUCGUCCUCGCAGGCAUUGCCGGCCUCGGCUUCUGCGCGUCAGCCGUCCAAUUCGUACGACUAGGCGUACCAUGGCACACCAUUGUCCUCCGCGCGCUCGACUUGAUCACAGUAGUCGUUCCUCCCGCCUUACCCGCCACACUCUCCAUCGGCACGAGCUUCGCGUUAUCUAGACUACGCAAGAACGGCAUAUUCUGCAUCGCGCCUACGAGGGUCAACGUCGCGGGCAAAGUGAACGUAUGCUGCUUCGACAAAACGGGCACGCUCACCGAAGACGGACUGGACGUGCUCGGCGUACGUGCGCUCGACCGGUCCACCAACACCCGUUUCGGCGAGUUGCUUUCCGAUCCCCAUGAUGUGCCGCUUGGGCGGGACAAGGCUGCGCUGCAGUAUGCGCUCGCGACAUGCCAUCAGCUCAAAGUUGUUGACGGGGAGAUCGUGGGAGAUCCGCUGGAUGUCAAGAUGUUUGAGUUCACCGGCUGGCAUAUCGAGGAAGGCUCCGUGGCGGGUACGGGCGUCAUCAAGGAUAAACGCGUGGGCGAUGCGCGUCCCGCGGCGCUCGUGCAAACUAUCGUACGCCCGCCCGGUUCGGCGCAGUUCAGGGUGGAAGACGCGUUGAAAGGCGGGAAACGCGCACAUUUCCUCGAGUUCGGCAUCAUCAGGACGUUCGAGUUUGUCUCGCAACUACGGCGCAUGAGCGUCGUUGUGCGCAGGCUGAGGAGCACGAGCAUGGAGGUGUAUGUGAAGGGCGCGCCAGAGGUAAUGGGCGAUAUUUGCGAUCCGGAGUCGUUCCCGGAGGAUUACGACGAUUUGUUGUCGUAUUACACCAAGCGCGGGUAUCGUGUCAUCGCGAUCGCGGGCAAGAGCGUUGAAGGGCUUUCGUGGUUGAAGGCACAGCGCAUGAAGCGUGAACAAGCUGAAUCCAACCUUCGCUUCCUUGGACUCGUCAUCUUCGAGAACAAGCUCAAGCCCGGAACCGCACCCGCCAUCCAAGCCCUCCGCUCGGCGCACCUCGCGUGCCGCAUGAUCACCGGCGACAACCCGCUCACGGCCGUAUCUGUGGCGCGAGAAUGCGGGCUCAUCACGCAGACCGUACAAGUUUUCUCGCCCUCGUUCGUCUCGGGUAACGCCUUCCUGCCCCAAUCCGAGUUGAGAUGGAGCUGUAUGGACGACCCGAGUUGGGAACUGGAUCCGUACAGCUUGAAGCCGUUAGGAUUGCCGAGCCAUCAUGCUAUGGAGAGCGAUCUGUUGGACGCAGGGGACUACGCGAUCGCUGUUACGGGCGACGUAUUCCGAUGGAUGAUGGACAAUGCCGCGCUCGAGACUCUACAGCGCAUGUUUGCGCGUACGCAGAUCUUUGCGAGGAUGUCGCCGGACGAGAAGAAUGAAGUCGUCGAGAGACUGCAGAGUCUUGGGUACACGGUGCUCAUGUGCGGCGACGGCGCUAAUGACUGCGCGGCGCUGAAGGCCGCGGAUGUCGGGCUUUCGCUCUCGGAGGCCGAGGCGAGCGUCGCGGCGCCUUUCACGAGCCGUACGCCCGACAUCGGCUGUGUACUCGAGGUGAUCCGUGAAGGCCGCGCGGCGCUCGUCACGAGCUUCAGCUGCUUCAAGUACAUGGCAUUGUAUUCGUUGAUACAGUUCACAACAAUCACCCUGUUGUACUCUUUCGCAUCGUCGCUGGGAGACUUCCAGUUCUUGUACAUCGAUCUGUUCAUCAUUAUCCCGGUCGCCGUGGCCAUGGGCAGGACGCUCCCUUACGAGCGCAUACACAUCCGUCGUCCGACAGCGAGCCUCGUGUCCAAAUCGGUUCUCACCAGUAUCGUCGGUCAGAUCAUAGUGACCAGCGCUAUCCAAUUCUGGGCAUUCUUUUGGAUACGUCGGCAGCCCUAUUACGAACCUCCGCCACCCGCGGAUCCUACGUCAGAGGAUAGCCAUCUCCAAGCGACGAAUUACGAGAACUCGACGCUCUUCUUGGUGUCUUGUUUCCAGUACAUUCUGGUUGCGGCCGUCUUCAGUAUUGGCCCUCCAUAUCGGAAACCGAUGUGGACGAACGGCUGGCUUAUCCUAUCUCUCGCGGGCCUCAGCGCCUUCAAUCUCCUCGUGUUGGUUGCGCCACCGCGCUUUAUUGCCGGCAUUCUGGAGCUUGUCGAUCUGCCUCCCAUCGCGCGUUGGACGUAUUUCGGUGCCGUGAUCUUCAACGUGUUCGCGAGUAUGGCGUUUGAGAGAUGGGCCGUGCCCGUGGUUGCCGGGAUCAUCGGAGAGUUGUUGCAUAGGAGGCGGAGGAAAGUGAGGGAUGGGAAGGCGUAUCGCGCGCUCGGUGGUUCAGAGGCCAGGUAG